AUGGGUGACAUCAAAGGAGAUACAACCAAGAAGCAAACUCAACCGCAGCCGCAACAGCUCUCAUCUUCUCCGAACAACCCACUUGAGGAGUCGACAGAAAAAGGGCAACUUCAACUUCAACAACCACCGCCUGUUGGGUUAGCCGGACCUCCGUUCAUCUCUUCACCUCUUUAUGUCCCAAUUGGUGCGACUCCCACUCCGUUUGAACAACAAUUUGAUUCUGUGAAUCCCAAGAGACAAAGAUAUAAUAGUAGUCAAUGGAAGCUUUUACCACCUUCAUCUCAACAACAAAAACAAACAACUCAAAUGGCCAUGCUGAGCAAAGAAUCAGCCCUAUCGCCAACCACAAACCCUGCAAAUCUACAAAAUCAGGCUCAAGCUCACACAACUGUAGCUUCAUCAUCCGAAACAACCUCCUCUCCUCCACACUCUCCCAUACCUUCUCUCUCUGCAGCCUCUGGUCAAGAGGCAAACAAACCAGAAGGUGAACGAUUACAACCCCAGUUCAGAAAAGGAAAAUAUGUGAGCCCAGUUUGGAAACCAAACGAGAUGUUGUGGCUGGCUAAGGCUUGGAAGUUUCAGUAUCAAGGUGGAUCAAACGGGUCUGGCUUAUCUUCUAGAAUUGAUCAACCAGAGAGUGUCCACAUCACUAGCAGCAGCGAGAUGCCGGUUCAAGCAACAAGAGGAAAAACUAGAGCCGAUAAAGAUAGAGAAGUUGCGGAGUUCUUGCAAAGACAUGGCGUCAACAGAGAUGCUAAAACUGCCGGGACUAAGUGGGAUAACAUGCUGGGGGAAUUUAGAAAAGUUUAUGAGUGGGAAAGAGGUGGUGAACGAGAACGAGCUGGUAAGAGUUAUUUUAGACUCUCUCCUUAUGAGAGGAAGCAACACAGAUUGCCAGCUUCUUUUGACGAAGAAGUCUUUGAAGAGUUAUCUCAGUUCAUGGGUUCUCGAAUGAGAACGCCUCAGAGCAGAGAGGCUUCUGCUGUUGUUUCAGCUGAUGAUGCUAGCACAAUUGUUGCUAGUACCAGAGUUCUUCCUCCCCUUCCUUUCAAAGAAGAUGACAUCUCGCUCUCCGCGAGAGCAAAGCAACUAGUGAUGACAAGUGGAACUGAAGCUUUCUUUCAUGGUGGUAGAGGGAGUUUGCUAGGGUUUGAGUCUCCAAUAGACAUGGGUAAUAUUCCUACUUCAUCUUCGUCCUCCAAGGAACUUCGAAGAAUUGGGAAAAUAAGAAUGACUUGGGAGGAAUCAGUGAGUUUGUGGGCUGAAGAAGGAGAGCACCACAAAGGUAGAAUCAGACUUCAAGGAUCUAGCUUUCUUAAUGCAGAUGAGCUUACUUUCAUUGAUGAGACAAUGGUUGCUUGCAACAUGGAAGCAUUCGAAGAUGGUUCUCUUAGAGGUUAUUCUGUAGAUAGAUUUCUUCCCGGACAACAAGUCAAAGUCUUCGGCAGAAGAAAGUUUUCCUCACCUUCUGCUUCGGGUUUCAUUGAAAGAGUUCAGCUUCCGCUCGCAGAACACUCCAUCAGAUCAAUUCCUCCAUCUCCAUGGGAGCAUCAAGACCCAACUGACUACUACGUGGGCUGCCUGCGAGUUCCACCAACAACACUACCGACCUUGUUCGAGCUUUCAUGGCAUUUACAAGAACCACCACCAGAGGAAUUACGUUUCCCCCUUCGAAAAGAUGUCUAUAGAGACUUACCACAAGGCAAAGAGCUUUUCUUCUGUGCUUCAGCUGAAUUAUUAGAUUGUAGGGCUAUUACAUAUGAUAUUUUAAGCCCACUUAUACGAAAUAACUCCAGCCUCAGUGUGGGCACUGCGACUAGCAGAGACUCUUUCAUUGGCCUUUGGGAUGAUUGUAUUAAUAGGGUUGUGUCAAAGUUUUGUUCUGUUGAAAUGGUUUGUGUACGAAAACCUUCUUCGUCAUCAGCUGAACCAUUGCAGGAUCAGUGGCCAAACUUGACAGGUUUUCUUAGAAAUUAUUGUUUAUGGCGAGGAGAAGAAGCUGAUCAAUUACGAGAAGCUCAGCUUGACCCCUCAUCUUCAGUCGUUGAGAAGCUAUUAUGGACUUUCACGGAUCUCCCUUACAUACUUGGUUACUAUGCAGUUGGCUACAUCGUAACCUUCUGUGCCUUGAGCCGAUCACAAGACCGAAUCAUUAGAACUGAUUUAUACUCACUAGACCUCUCUUCACCCGUUGAGAGACUAAAAGCCCUCAUCCCAUGUUAUAGAAUCGCAGGCCUCUUGCAAUUGCUAGCUGAUCGCUGCGUAAACAGCAACAAUGGAUGCAAUUACAAGCAAUAUCCUUACAGUGAUUUUGAAAGAAUCGAUAUGGGCGAUGGAAAUGUCAUUGAAGUGACACCAAACACAGUAACAAGAUUUUUCUCAAGCAAGAGAAAAUGGGCAGCGGUGAAAGAAACAUACGAUUUCCUAGACCACCGGAUUCCACAUGCCGAGAGCAUGUACCGGUCCUCGGAGAAAGAUUUGGCAUUAGUGUUUAAGCCUAGAGGAUGCAAAUUUAAGCCCACAAAUUGUGACCAACUCGUCGAGGCGCUCAAGUAUGUGACCAAAGCCUUGGUUGCAUUACAUGACUUAUCUUUUAUGCACAGGGACCUGAGUUGGGACAAAGUAAUGAGAAAAACCGAUAGAGAAAACGAGUGGUUCGUUUGUGGGUUCGACGAGGCGGUGGGGGCACCACAGAUGUACCCACAUGGGGCGGUGGGAGUGGAGGCACGUGGGAGACACGCUCCGGAAAUGGGGAGAGGAUUGCAUGGAGUGAAGGUUGACGUUUGGGGCGUGGGACACUUGGUGAAAACCUGUGGACUUAGCAAUGUGCCUAAAACGCUUAGAGAGUUGCAAAACAGAUGUUUGGAGCAGAACCCGGAGCUGCGAAUAACCGCCGCCGACUGCUACCACCACCUGCUUCAGAUGCAGUCGUCUCUGUCAGCCACCUCCACUGCGCCUUAUUGAAAUGACUGAUAAAUAUUGAUAUAUAGAUAUAGAGAAAAACAUUUAUAUAAUAUUGAUAUUAGAUUGCAGUUUUAAUACCUUAGAAUUUAAGGAGGGAUGCAGGAUUAUGCGAUUGAUUUUGAAGGUUAAAAGAAAUGGCGGCUGCUGCUGAUGGGCGGCGUCUUGGGUUUGCAAAGUACAAUAGUUAGUGUCUGUGUGUCACAUUAAAUUAAUUCAAAAGUCACUGACAUGUAACAGUAUUUUUCUUCCAAGUUAUUGUUUGGUAGAUAUGCACGUUUACUGUGUCGUGACAGCA